AUGGGAGCUGUUUGGGAAACCUGGCCCAUUGGGCAUUGGUGGGGUAAUAAGGGAGGAGAAUGGAAACAUCAUUGCAUGUUCUCCAGCCCUACCCAGUAUGCUGAUGUGGUGAAUUCAGAAUUGAAGGCAGCAGUGUUUGGUGUUGAGAAAGCUAAAGAGUUGGGGAUUAACAGGUUGAUUAUUGAAGGGGACUCAAAAGGCGUUGUAAACUGGCUGAGAAAAGAGGAAGGAGCAAUCUGGAGAUUAAGGAAUGAGUUCAGGUGCUUUAAGCAGGCUUCUAAAGACAUGGAAAUUCACAUAAGAUGGAUUAGGAGGUCAGUUAAUAGCAUAGCUGAUGGUCUAGCUAAGCAAGGAGUCGAAAGGCAAUCUAUGUUCUGGGCUACGUUGUGGCUGGUGGGAUAUCUCUUAGGUCCUUUUGGGGCUUGUUUGUAA